UCCCGUCCUCCAGUCCAUUGGGGGGCGGUAUAGCUCGAUGUUACAUGUAAUUUCAAAGGAAGAAGAGGUAAAAAGCGGUAGUGUACAUGUUCACGGGUUGAUGCUACAGGAGAGGUAACAGGGGCUGAUGUCCUGCGGUGAAAUGGACACGAAUGAGGACCUGGCCCCGACCACGGUCAGUAAAACUCUGCUCAUCCGCCACUUACCAUCUGAGCUCAGCCAGGAGGACAAGGAAGAUCUGCUGAAGUAUUUUGGGGCUGAAUCCGUCAGGGUGUUCUCCAACAGGGGUCGUCUGAAACAUACUGCCUUUGCAACAUUUCGAAGUGAGAAGUCAGCAGAAGAGGCUCUUAUCAGGCUCCAUCAGUUAGAGGUCCUUGAUCAGACGCUUGUUGCUGAGUUUGCCAAAGGCCAAGAUCAUGUGACUGUAUUAAAGGAUCCACCAGUGUCAGACAGUGGGAAAGGAGUUAAAGAAGAGAAGAAGAAAAAACAGGAUUCCCGAAAGCCAAAUAUUCCCCUUAUAGAAACUGGCAUUGCACCAAGCCUUGGGUUGAAAUUCCAACCCAAUCCCACUUUGAAAUAUUUAUACCCACCACCUUCCGACGGCAUUCUGACAAAUAUAUCACACACCCUCGUGAGCGUGCCAAAGUUUUACGUUCAAGUGCUUCAUCUGAUGAACAAAAUGAAUUUACCAUGUCCGUUUGGCCCAGUCACUCCCAGACCCCCCAUGCCGUUUGAGCUGCUGCCUCCAGCACCACCUAUCCCCAUGCCCCCUCCCUACCCUCCUGACUACCCCCCUUUACCAGAGGAGGAGAUGGAGCUGUCCAGUGAAGAGGAGUCAGAGUACGAUAGCGGAGACGACGAAGACAAGGAGAGGAUUGUUCGUCUGAUGGGCCUGGUCAACCAAGCAUGCAAGAGACCCAUGAGACCAAAAACAGCCUCAAAGAGAAAGAAGCCUAAGAUCAAGGAUCUACUCUAUGCUCCCAAACAAGACUCUCAGAGGUACAGCAAAGCUGCUCAUAAAGCAUCUUUAACCUCAGAAGUGGACGAGAUGGAGGUCGCUCCCUCUCUCAGCGAGGAGCUGGAGGUCACUGAAGGUUUUGGGAAGCUCUACCCCAGCACCCAGGAGUCCCAGCAGCAGGAGGAGCAGAGCGACGACGAUCAGGACCUCACCUCGGGUGUCAUCUCCAGAAAGGAGCUGGAGAAAGGACGGCUGUCAAGAGACGAGAUGAAACGGAUGUCUGUGUUUAAAAAUUAUGAACCCGGCGAGCCGACCUGCCGACUGUACGUGAAGAACAUCCCAAAGCAAGUGGAUGAGAAAGAGUUGAAGUACAUAUACGGGAGAUACAUCAACCCUUUGUCAGAAGACGAGAGAAAAAUGUUUGACAUUGUGUUAAUGAAGGAGGGGAGGAUGAAAGGGCAGGCCUUCGUAGGACUCCCCAGCGAGUGGAGCGCAGAGAAAGCCCUGCGGGAAACCAACGGCUACAUUCUUUUUGACAAACCCCUGGUGGUUGUAUCCUUUUAUCCCUCGGGUUGA